AUGGCAACUCAAUAUAUGAAUACAAACCUGGAAAUCAAACCCAAUGUCCCAAGAACAAAUGAAUCCGAUUCAGCUCAAACUGUUUUCUCAAUAGACGAUCUCUUAAUUGCAAUUUUCCUACGCCUCCCCAUAAAGGCACUCAUUCAAUUAAAACGAGUUUCAAAGCAGUGGCAUCGUGUCAUCACCAAUCCAGGAUUCAGUAUCCAGCGCAAUCCCAUUCCCAAACCGGCGGCGGGGCUCUUCCUGCAGAGUGUGCACUACCUGGCCCGUCUUCGGAUAGAAUACGUCCCUUUCACGGGCCUCGAAUCAAGGAAACUGAAGUUCAUCAAGUACCCAUUAGGCAUCAAGAUCCUUCACUCUUGCAAUGGCCUCUUACUCUGUUCAAGCUUCAGAGGCCGUGAUAUCAAUCGGAAGUACUAUGUUCACAAUCCCACCACCAAUAAGUUUGUCCUACUUCCCAAACUAGAAUUGGGAGGCGGGAUAUGUGGGAUGAGCUUGGCUUUUGAUCCUAUCAACUCCCCUCAUUACAAAGUUAUUUGCAUCCGAUCAGAAUCGAGUAUCACGGGCUGCCAAUUGGAGGUUUAUUCAUCGGAAACGGGCUAUUGGAGAAAUCACGGGCCUACCCCACAAGUCCACGUAAGUUUCGAAAAUGGGGUGUAUUGGAAUGGAGCCAUUCACUGGACUAGCGAUAGAAACAGAAAUGAUUCUCUAUAUUUCAAUGUUGAUAAUCAGUUGUUUGGGACAAUGCCAAUUCCCCCUAUUGGCUGGGAACAGAGUGUGAACAGAUAUUAUUUGGGAGAGUCUUGUGGACACUUGCAUUAUUUCAACGUGAGCUUGCGAUUUAAGGUGUACCAGAUGAGGAGGGACUAUUCUGAGUGGUUUGUUAAGUACGAGGUCGAUCUUUCGCCUCUUGAAAUGGCUUAUCCAAGUAUUAAGCGGAAUGGUGGUCUUUGCCCAAUAAUGGUGCCCUUAGGAUUUUCUAUACUUUGUUUAGUUCGAGGGGAGAAGGAGGAAGGUUCGUUUUUGGUUGUGCAGAUUCCUGGAAAAGCCGUUAGGUAUAAUCUCGUUUGUGGGACUUUCGAUAUGCUGUGCGAGUUCGCGGGUGUUAAUUCACCACGUAGUUUGAGGUAUUCGGGUAACGAUGGAUUUCAAUACGUUGAGACCCUUCGUUGUGUUUAG